AUGAACUCCAGUGACUCCUUCACCAUUCUUUUGGCUGUAACCAUCUCCUGCCUCUUCUUCCUCAUUUACUCAUCAAAGAAGAAACUCUGUGGCCUCCCACCAGGGCCCACCCCGCUCCCAUUCAUUGGGAAUAUGCUGCAGGUGGAUAUGAAGGAGCUGAUCAAGUCCCUGAGAGAACUCAGUAAGACGUACGGUCCAAUAUAUACCUUCCACCUGGGCUCUAGGCCAUGUGUGGUCCUGUCUGGCUACCAAGUGCUCAAGGAGGCUUUGAUUGACAAGGCAGAAGAGUUCAGCGGCCGUGGCGACUUCCCUGCUGUCCAGAUGUGGAGCAAAGGCAACGGGAUUGUGUACGGCACAGGGGAAUGCUGGCGACAGCUGCGUCGAUUUGCCAUCACCACCUUCAAGAACUUUGGAAUGGGGAAGCGGUCCAUUGAGGAUCGGAUCAAAGAGGAGGCCCAGUUCCUGAUGGAAGAGUUCCGUAAAACCCAAGGCAAGCCCUUUGACCCCACAUUCUUCUUGAGCUGCGCCGGAUCCAACAUCAUUUCCACCCUGAUUUUCGGGAGCCGCUUUGAAUAUACAGACAAGAAAUUCCUCAUGUUAAUGGAUCUCAUCAACAGCAAUUGGAAACUCAUGAGCUCCACCUGGGGACAGCUGCUCUUCACCUUCCCAGAAAUCAUGAAGUAUAUUCCAGGGCCCCAUCGCCAGAUCUACAAGAACUACCUGAAGCUGGCAGAGUUUGUGGGCGAGCGGCUGGAGAUUAACAGACAGACACUGGACCCCAACAAUGCUCGCGACUUCGUCGACUGCUUCCUUAUCAAAAUCCAGAAGGAAAAGAACAACCCCAACUCCUACUUCAAUGAGGACACCAUGUCCAAGACCACAGUGAACCUCUUCUUUGCGGGAACAGAGACCGUCAGUUCCACCCUAAAAUACGGGCUCCGAAUCCUCCUGAGGCACCCUGAGGUAGAAGAACAACUCCACAAGGAAAUUGACCAGGUGAUUGGGGUGAACCGCAGCCCCUGCAUGGAGGACCGGCAGAAGAUGCCCUACAUGGAUGCCGUCAUUCACGAGAUCCAGCGCUUUGCUGACAUCGUCCCCAUGGGCGUGCCCCACACGGUCACACGGGACAUUGAAUUCCAUGGAUACAGUCUACCCAAGGACUUGAACAUCAUCCCUCUGUUGUGCACAUCUCAGUUCGACCCGACUCAGUUCAAGAAUCCUAACUCCUUUGAUCCGAAUCAUUUCCUGGAUGGGAAUGGGCGGUUCAAGAAGAAUGAUGCCUUUAUGGCCUUCUCAGCAGGAAAGCGUGUGUGCCUGGGAGAAGGCCUGGCCAUCAUGGAGCUCUUCAUCUUCCUCAGCACCAUCUUGCAGAACUUCAAGCUAAAGCCCCUGAUGGAUCCCAAGGAGAUCGACAUCACCCCAGAAUCAACAGGACUGGGGAGCAUCCCCCGCCCCUACCAGCUCUGCCUCCUCUCCCGGUAAAACCUGGCCUGACCCCCUUCCCCAUUGCAGCAUCAAAAAAGCCAGGCCCAAGAGGAGGAGGGCAUGAGGUGGCAGAGGGUGGAGGCAGGAGAAGCACAUCGCUCCUGACAGUGGGGGUGAGGGUGGGGUCUGGUUCACUACCCCACAUGAAAUAUCCCUCCAGAUUCCAAGCCAGCACGGCAAGGUGGUGGGUUUCAAGUUAAGCGCUUUGCCGACUGUGCUGAUUGUCUAUGGGCACACCACUGAUCUAGUUCGGGGGGGGGGGUGCACACCUCACUGCAGCAACCCACCUGCAGCAACAUGCCGUCCUCUCAAACACUCUGCUCCCACUGGCCCUCACAGCUCUUUGCCUGUCCAUGUUCAUUCUACGCAUAUCUGCUCCCCCGUCUCUUCUCUGCCUUGCCAUGACGCAGCCCCCACCCCCACCCCACUGUCCCCUUCCACCAAGUGGCUGGGUUGCCAACGUCCUGCCCUGCUUCCUAGGGGUGUUCUGUGACCCAGUGGCAUCCCACCUUCCCUCUGUCUCCCUCAGAUCCUAUCUGUGCCCCUUGCCAGCCUCUCACCCUUGGCCUUAGAAGCCCCCCAGCCCUUCUUUCUGCUUUCACUUUUCAGUCUGUUGGCGUACAAUGUUAGUGCUGGUCUCCUGGACAACUGGCAGCAAAUCAAUGGAAAGCAGCAAUGCUGAAGUCAUCAUCAGCCUCUGUUUGAUCCUGCCACAUUUAGCCUCUUGGGUGGGAUCUGGGAACCCAGUUGUGCUCAUCCCUCCCCCUUCUGUUUUCCCGCCUUGCUUUUUCUCAGAUGUUAUCAGCUUGUGAGCCAUCUGCUGUUGUAGCUCUCUCAGUUGUGUGGAAUGCAAGUUGUUUGGACCCUGGUGGAGCAAAGGUCAGAGGCGUAGGAAGUAAAUGGUGCCCAGAGCAAUAUCUGCUUGCAAUAUUGGUUAUGCUGAGUUCUGGUAAUAGAAGUCUAAAUGCUCACUCCUGAAGCUGUUUCAUAAUAAAGAAAUCGA